AUAUUUGCAUACAAUGAUUGAAGUUUCCUCAAAUCUUAUAAAUUUAUUCAUCAGUACCUAAUCUUAUCGAUUGCAUACUAUGCAUCAGUUUGUUACAAGACUUACUUUUCGAAUAUCUGAAUAUUGCUAUCUAAGAUUCUAAGUGAUGAAUGCAUGCUUUAUAUAGCUAACAUAAGUAAUGUAAUGCUAGUCAAGUAGUUGUUGGAGACCUUGGGGUACCAUGAAGAUGCUUGUUAUUGACUUAAUGUAUAGAGGCUUGGAUUCUAUCUGCAAGGGUUUAGAGUUCAGAAUUUUAAAUUUGCAAGUUGCAAAUUGUAAGUCAAUGUUUAUACCAUACAUCUCCGGAAAUGACGGGGAGACAACUGUAAAAUGUUAAAGAAAUGGAAUGAAUUGCAUAAAAGAACCUAGAUUAGAAGAGUGAUGCAUUUUCAAUAGAAUACUUCAUCUUCCAUAGCUAGGCAAUCAUGUCAUGUGAGGACUCCAAAGAGAUCUUCAUCCUCUCAGGGCAGAGCAACAUGUCAGGCCGUGGAGGAGUCAUUAAGUACUCCGAGACUGACCAGAAAUGGGAUAGUGUUGUUCCACCCGAAUGUCAGCCUAACCCUUCGAUCCUCCGCUUCAGCGCUCAACUCCUUUGGGAGGAGGCACAUGAGCCUCUACAUGUUGAUAUUGAUACGCAGAAGGUUUGCGGGGUUGGGCCUGGCAUGCCCUUUGCUCAUAAGCUUAUAGAGCACGAGGCUGGCACUGUUGGACUCGUGCCCUGUGCUGUGGGUGCAUCUCCGAUCAGUGAGUGGGCACGCGGAACACCCUUGUACAAGAGUAUGGUGAAGAGGUCUAAAGCUGCAGUGAGGAGAGGUGGGGAUGAGAGUGAGAUUAAGGCAUUGGUGUGGUACCAAGGAGAGAGUGAUACGUUGACAGAGCAUGAUGCAGAUGAAUAUAAAGAUAGGAUGGAGGAGUUUAUUUGUAAUGUCAGGGAGGAUCUUCAGUUGCCGUUGCUUCCAAUUAUUCAGGUGGCACUUGCAUCCGGGGUGGACGAACAAUACACAGAAAAGGUAAGAGAAGCACAGCUUGAGAUCAAUCUCCCCAAUGUGAUAUGUGUAGAUGCCAAGGGGUUGAAGCUAAAAGAUGAUAAUAUGCAUUUAACUACUGAAUCCCAAGUUCAUUUAGGACAAAUGUUGGCUGAUGCCUACCUUAGCCAUUUUUAAUCCUUCUUUGUUUGGUUAACUCGUGUAUUUGCAUCUUGUACCUUCUUUUCAAAAAGGAAUGAAACAAACCUGUAAAAUCGUGGUUUUUUUUACACAACUUGUUAGUCUCGUGUGUAUUCUUAUUUUACAUGAACCAAUUUCUACUUGUGCUGAGUAUGUAUUUAUUCCUCUUUAUAUCCCUUUUAUUCUACUUUACAAGUGUUUGUAUCGGGUGAAAUUAAUACAAGUAGAUACAGAGCAUAAAGAGAAAAGUUCAAGGUGUUUUGACUCUUGCACAAGGAUGACUAUUACGAAGAAUGUAUCAGUGUAUCACCAAAGUCUUCUUCUCAACCAAAUGCGGUUUUUUUUC